CUAAUACUCAUAAAAAUGGUCGUUGCAUCCCCAUCUCCUGCACCCGCCCCCACUCUCUCCACCCUCUUCAUCACCACCUCGCUCCAUGCAUCAUCCCCGCCGUCCAAGUACCCCAUCGACUUCUCCCCGCCCUUAAUCGCCAUGGUCGUGGUCGUCGCCACCGCCUUCCUUAUUGUCACUUACUCCCGCCUCAUCUCCCGCCACGUCAUCCCGCCAAUCCUCCGCCUCCAACGACGCUGGCACCACCGCCGUCGCCGCUCCUACCUCCCAUCAUCCAUCGGUGACAUCGACUCCCCGCCUUACGACUUGUCGCUCGACCCCGCCGACAUCGGCUUCCACGUGUUCUCCCCCUACGGCCUCGACGAGUCGGUGAUCAAAACAAUCCCCCUCUCUCUAUACACAUCAAAACAAUCCCUCCUCAGCCGUGACUGCGCCGUUUGCCUGAUCGACUUCCAAAACGACGACUACGUUCGAACGCUGCCGGUCUGCUCGCACGUGUUUCACGUUGACUGCAUCGACAUGUGGCUGCGAUCUCACGCCAACUGUCCUCUCUGCCGGGCCGGAAUAUUCCGUCCGGAAUCUCCGUUCGUUCCGUUGAUGGCCGCAAGGAUCAGGCCCAGCCUCGACGACGCUGUUUUCCGGAGCAUCGCGCUCGAGCCUCUUGCCGAAGCUACGGCGCCGUGUGAUUCCGAUUCGUUAGUCACCGAGAUCGAGCGGUGCGCGGAGGAGCGAUCGCCGAGGAGGAGCUCCAACUACUGGGAGGAUUACCGGAUCAACGGCGGAGAUUUUGUUUUAAAGAGGUCGCACUCGUUCGGGUUCGAGCGAAGCUCGGCGUCGGCGGAGAGGAUGAUGGUGACAGAGCCUGCGACGGUGUCACCGUGGCGGUACCGGAGAGGAAGCUUCUGGAGCAAGCGGCCGUCGCCGUUCGGGUCGUUGACGAAGCCUCGAGUCUUCUCCUUCAGAUCAUCCUACAGAGGCGGCGUCAGCAUGAAGUCUCCUUUCUUCCGCCGAAAAGGCUUCUUCCCGCUGUCAGAGUCGAGCGCGAGAUUCUCCGGCGCCGGAACCGGCGGAUAUUCGCGGCGUAGCAAGUCGAUGACAAGUCCGAUGUUCGGAAGAUCUUCGGGGUUAUCGGCUUUCUCAUCGAGCCGGCUAAGGUGCGGAGAUCCGGAAGCGCUGUUGUCGCCGGAGAGGUUUAACAGGAGAUAGGAACGAAGGAAGUGAGGUUAAAUUCCGGAUCGACACGUGGAGGGUGGUGAUGGAGCGAGGGUGGGGUGGAUCGGACGGUGGGAGAUGGGUGGAGGGAAAAGUGGGGAGGACAGUUAAUGAGGGCCGGUGCGGUCAUUAACUGUGGGGGGGGCUGCCGAGACGGCAUUUAAUGCCCAGAAUUGACGAGAGAGAGGAAGAGAAAGAAAAAACACACAAAUCAAAACUGGGGUUUUAUGGGGGAGAGAGGAGAGAGAGGAUCAUAAAUGUGGAAAAAUUUAAUGGGUUUUGGCGCCAUUUAUUUAUUUAGAGGGAAAGA